AUGAACUUUCUGCUCUCUUGGGUGCAUUGGAGCCUAGCCUUGCUGCUCUACCUCCACCAUGCCAAGUGGUCCCAGGCUGCACCCACCACAGGAGGAGGAGAGACGAAAUCCCAUGAAGUGGUGAAAUUCGUGGAUGUCUACCAACGUAGCUACUGUCGUCCGAUCGAGACCCUGAUCGACAUCUUCCAGGAGUACCCAGAUGAGAUCGAGUACAUCUUCCGGCCGUCCUGCGUGCCACUGAUGCGAUGUGGGGGCUGCUGUAAUGACGAGACCCUGGAGUGUGUGCCCACUGAGGAGUUCAAUAUCACCAUGCAGAUUAUGCGUGUCAAACCUCACCAAGGCCAGCACAUAGGAGAGAUGAGCUUUCUCCAGCACAAGAGAUGUGAAUGCAGACCAAAGAAAGAAAAAGGAAGACAAGAAAAUCCCUGUGGGCCUUGCUCAGAGCGGAGAAAGCAUUUGUUUGUACAAGAUCCACAGACGUGUAAAUGUUCCUGCAAAAACACAGACUCGCGUUGCAAGAUGUGACAAGCCGAGGCGGUGA